GUGCGCGGCGCUCCGCUGGUUCUGCCUGUCGGUUUGAGAGUGAGGCAGCGGGGGAUGGAGGCAGAGUCCGGGCAGUGAGCAGACGGUGGGGGUCGCUGUGUGAAGACCCAGGCCCUGCUGGGCUUUGUUGUCCCUUCGUGGCGGAGCCUCCUCCGGCUGCCCUCGUACUAUUUUCAGCCUUUCUGCUUCGGAGAAGAAUCAUGGAGAAAAUCAGGAUCUGAGACUUUUUAUUAUUUUUCUGCGGGGUUUCUGAACCAGGAUCCAUCGAAGGAGAAAUCUUUUUCAUCAGUUGUCUCUUCACCUCUAUUAAUCUCUCACCUCUCAGUCUCUACCUACCCCUCCUCCGUCCAUCAUGGCACCAGCUCUCUGCUCCUCCUGGUUCAUCAGCCUGCUGCUGCUUCUAGUUCUCCCCGGCGUCCGGAGCUCGUUCCCCCGCAGUGGACUGAGCAGCAGUGCGGAAUGCGGCCCCGGGAAGGCCACCGACUGUCCAGAUGUGUCCGAAAAGAAGAGCGACCUGCGUGUGUGUGACGCCGGGACGUGUCGCUUCGGAGGAACCUGCCGUGAGAACGGAGCUGACAUCAAAUGUGUCUGUCAGUUCCAUUGUCAUAAGAAGUAUGUCCCUGUGUGUGGGUCCAAUGGAGACACGUACCAAAAUGAGUGUUUUCUGAGGAGAGCCGCCUGCAAGAAGCAGAGACCCAUUACCAUCGUGUCAGAGGGACCCUGCUACCAUGACGGUGGUUCAGGAUCUGGAGACGGAGAUGACGAGGGCUCAGGUCGCGGUAAAAAGGCCUCGAAAUGUGGAAUCUGCAAGUUUGGAGCUGAAUGUGAUGAAGACUCUGAGGAUACACUCUGCAUGUGUAACAUAGUGUGUAAUGGCCACAACGACAACCCAGUGUGUGGCAGCGAUGGCGUCACCUAUGACACGCCCUGCCACGUCCGAGAGGCGUCCUGCCUCAAACAGCUGAAGAUCGACAUCAAACACGUGGGACGUUGCCAAGACAAAAACAGGAAGGAUGACGGCGUCAAGACCAAACCAGACAUCUACAGUGUGUCCAAGCCUGGUGAGGGGGAGGGGUUUGUGGACAGUGUGAGUCCGUGUUCUGACGACUACGCUCAGUUCUGCGAACACGGACAAUGUGAGAUGAGACACAACCUGGCAACCUGCAGGUGUGAGGCAGCAUAUGGUGGUCCUCAGUGUGAUCAGCUGCUGGACUUUAACAUCCUGUACGUGGUGCCCAGCGGUCAGAAACUACACUACGUCCUUAUCGCCGCCAUCAUCGGGGCUGUUCAGAUUGCAGUCAUCGUUGCUGUGGUCAUGUGCUUCACCAGGAGGUGUAACAAGACGAAACGUGGGCGGAGACAGAAGCAGCACCUCGGUCACUUCCCGUCAGGAACGUCCUCCAGGAUGAUGUAGCUGCUCGUGUUUUUGUGAAAAAGUUUUUCGUAACACAAAGACAGACUGUGUUUUUGAUAUCUCAACUUUUUGGUGCCUCAUUUUUCCUUUUUUUUUUUCAGAGAUAAUUUCUGACUUUCUUCAGGGGCCUUAUUUUGAAAUGUUCCUCCAUGUUUGAUUUCUUUUGUCUGACUCUUAAGUUUUUUCAUCAGUCAGAGCAGAGACGUACAGUUUGAUUGGUGUUGGCCGUGAUGCUGGCGUCCUCUCAAACUCUGAAUCACUGUGGAUCCUGUGACAGGAAACUUAAUUUAUCUGAUUGUACCGUCCACUUUCUACCUGGAAAAAUUAAUUCUCUUUGUUAUCACCCUGUGGGAUGCAGUGCUUUUGUUUAGAUUUAUUUUUGAAGGUAGAAUAGAAAAUAAUUUCAACCUUGUUUACAUGGUGCAUACGUUAGGAUUAUGGAAAACCAGCCAUUGAAUAUUUAAGUCUGACAUUUAAAUACCACCAUAUUUAUCUGGUUUGAAUUUGCUUCUUUGAAACUUCUUAAACUGUAUUUGUGAUAAAUAUCAACGUCCUGGAUGUGCAAACUUUAAAUUCACUGAUGCAAUUUUAGCAGCUGCUGUAGUUCAUUAUUUUUAAACCAAACUCAAAUGUGUUUAUCAGAGUUUAACAUUUAAAAUUAUAAUAUAUAUAUAACGGUUCCACUUUAAAAUCUCAAAGGUAAUUUUAAACUUUCAUCAAGGUAACAGUGCGUUUCAUUUGGGUGCAUGUGUCAAAACCUCCUAAACUAUGAAGGAAUCCUAACUGGGUUGAAGACUACAACUCCCAUUAUCCUCACUUCUUCACCGCGACAACAAACACAAGUCUACAAUUCCCAAUCCCACACUGCUUCACCACCACAACAAACUGUCUGUAGUAAUUGUGUGGCUAAUGCCCACUACUAUUUAAAUUUCUUCAAGUCAGGCCCUUGUUUAAAAACACAUGAAGUCUGAUUAUUUUCAAAAUUAAACAUUAUUUAGUUACUUAUGACUUGACUUUAUGGUUUUCUGCUUCUUUGAAAUCCACAGAUGUGGUUAUGUUUUAAUGCUAUUUUUUAACAGGACACAUCCACAUGGCCAUUUAACGUUUUAAAGUUGCAGUGCAUCAAACAUUCUGUAGCAGACAGACAUGGUUUUUCUCAAUCACUGCUGCUCCUAUUCAAUUUUUCUGAUUCUCUUUGUUGACGACGUGCUAUAACGCCUUAAUACUGUGGGGGGCGCUCUGUAUCAGGACUACAGGAUCAUCAGGGAUCACUCCUGCAGUAGACUCGUAUCAAAUAUUUGUAUUUUGCUGCAUCUCACAGGAUAAAAAAUAACAUUUAUUUGUUAUGAUGAAAAGUACCUGAAUACCAAAAUGCUGUUUUUUCUACUGCUUAAAAACUAAUAAUAAGAUACAAGCUGACAUGUACAGGAUGUUGUUAUAAUUAUUCUAUUGCUUCAUUUUUUUGAUGACACCAUUCUGGAAAUGGAUUCCAAUGGUCUGUGCGUGUUUUUUGACAAACUGAUAAUAAUUUAAAUGAUUUUUUUACGGUCGAGUUCCUUCUUUAGUCUUUAUAUGAUUUGUGAUAAUGGAGUGAAGUGUUCCUGUGGGUUGUUAUUUGGUAGAAGGAGUAGAUGAUUAAGCUGGACAGAGGUUUCCUGAAGCGUCACAUUUAUUGGAGUGUGUGUGAAGCUGCUCUUGAUCAAGUGACGUCUGAUGAAAUCAGUCUGAUUUUACUGUAGAUGUUGCAUGAAACAGUGAAGUUGUUUAGAUUGUGCUGUAGUUGAACUAGAAUUAAAUUAUGAUGUUUGAAGUCA